GCCGGAACUGCGGCCUGGAUAUGAUUCAAUUGCUGUUUUCCCUAUGUGCUGCAAAGGUAGGAGGUGCUGACUGAAAUCUAUGCUGGGUUGAGGGGACGCUUUCUCUCUGUGUGGUACCGCUGGCAGGUUGUAAGAGGUUCGAUGGUUACUUAUCGCUCGCACUUGGGUUUAGAGAACACAUCUGGGGAAGGAGAGAAAGAGAUCGUGUGCCGGAAGGGCGGACGAGAUUUUGGUGACUGUCCGUUGUCAGCUUUUCCUGCGCGGUAAAACCCAUGGAGAGAAAAAAAAAUGGAUAGGCGACGAAUGGAUUUGUUUGAGUCGCUGGGUGAAAAACAUUUGUUUUUCUAAGGCACGAUUCGGGGCGUGUACAGAGGUGUUUCUCCCUUUCAUAAAUGGUUAUCAUUUGACCAGCAAAAUGUGCUACUCUUAAUUCUGAAAAAUAAGAACUGCAUUAGACUGACUAAAUGCAAUGGAUUAAAUAAAUAAUCCUUGAGUUUACUCAAAAUGAUAUUGAGCUGAGCAUGGAUGCAAUCGUCUUGGAAUAUUGGUUAGUUAAGGACAGCACCAACUAAAGCAGCAGGAUUAUAAAAUGGAAACAAAUGGAAAUAUUAGACAAAAUAGUCUCCCCCGAAGACCAAGCAUGCUGUGAAGAUGUUUUGCAAAACAACUUACCUUGAAGAUACAGUGACUUCACACUUACUACCUUCUACUGACAUAUUUAGCCUGCUCAGAGAUGUUUUUUGCAUUUUCUAGAAAAAAUGUGUCCCAAAAAUUGAGUUUAUUGUUGCUAGUUUUUGGUUUUAUCUGGGGCAUAAUGUUACUGCGCUACACCUUUCAGCAUCCAAGACAACAGAGCAGUGCUGAAUUGCGUGAACAAAUUCUUGACUUAAGUAAAAGAUACGUUAGAGCCCUAGCAGAAGAAAACAAGAAUGUAAUAAAUGGUGAUAAUGGAGUUGCAAUGGCGGGAUAUGCUGAUCUAAAAAGAACAAUCGCAGUUCUUCUAGAUGACAUCUUGCAACGCUUGGUCAAACUGGAAAACAAGGUUGAUUAUAUGGUUGUAAAUGGUUCAGCAACAAAUACUACAAAUGGGAACUUAAUGCCAUCAACUACAAGCAAACGAGUAAAUGCAGGACACAAUAUAAGAUAAUAGUCAAAAUAUUUUUUGCAUAGGUGGAAGAGCUUUAGAUCUAAUCUUCAGUCGCAAAUAGUUGGCUAAAGGCAGUCUACAUCCAGUUGCAGCAGAAAAAAAAUGAACAUACAGAGAACCAAUUUCUUUAUCUUAAAAUCUUUGUAUUAAGAAAGUUGCUUCAUAAAACAACAUUGUACUGUAACUUUUUGAAAAAGGUAUAUUGGCAAUAAAACUAUUGUAGGAAGG